UGCUAUUUUGGAGUCAAAAUGGCGGCUUGUGCAUCUGUUGCGGUGGUCCAUCCCACCUGACUCGAGCGCAAGAUGGCAGCUUCAGUGGAAGACGAGUUUGAAGAUGCGCCCGAUAUAGAGCCGUUAGAGCCGACAUUAAAGAAUAUCAUCGAGCAGAAAUCGCUCAAAUGGAUCUUUGUAGGCGGUAAAGGUGGAGUGGGCAAAACCACAUGCAGCUGCAGUCUGGCAGUCCAGCUAGCGGCGGUGAGAGAGAGCGUUCUCAUCAUAUCCACAGAUCCAGCACAUAACAUCUCUGAUGCCUUUGACCAGAAGUUCUCCAAGGUGCCCACCAAAGUCAAGGGUUAUGACAACCUCUUCGCAAUGGAGAUUGACCCCAGUCUGGGUGUGGCAGAGCUGCCGGAUGAGUUCUUUGAAGAGGACAACAUGCUCAGUAUGGGGAAGAAGAUGAUGCAGGAAGCCAUGAGCGCUUUUCCUGGCAUCGACGAGGCCAUGAGCUACGCAGAGGUCAUGAGGUUAGUGAAAGGGAUGAAUUUUUCAGUGGUAGUGUUUGACACGGCCCCCACAGGACACACUCUUCGUCUGCUCAACUUCCCCACCAUCGUGGAGAGAGGACUGGGCCGUCUCAUGCAGAUCAAAAACCAAAUCAGCCCCUUCAUCUCACAGAUGUGUAACAUGUUGGGCCUGGGAGACAUGAAUGCAGAUCAGCUGGCAUCUAAACUGGAGGAGACGCUCCCCGUCAUCCGCUCAGUCAGUGAGCAAUUUAAAGACCCGGAGCAGACGACGUUUAUCUGCGUGUGCAUCGCUGAGUUUCUCUCUCUGUACGAGACGGAGCGUUUAAUUCAGGAGCUGGCCAAGUGUCGCAUCGACACGCAUAACAUUAUUGUCAACCAGCUGGUUUUUCCCGACCUUGAGCGACCCUGCAAGAUGUGUGAGGCCAGACACAAGAUUCAGUCCAAGUACCUUGACCAGAUGGAGGAUUUAUAUGAAGAUUUUCAUAUUGUAAAGUUGCCUCUGCUGCCUCAUGAGGUUCGAGGAGUGGACAAAGUCAACACCUUCUCCAAGCAGCUGCUGGAACCCUACAGCCCCCCGAAGAAGUGACUUAAAUGAUUUCCACUGAUUAAACCAACGCAUGCACACACACACACACACACACACACACACACCAUCACAUCUCUUCUCCCCUGCUGUUCUCUGCUUUAUAAUCCCUCCGGUAUUCUGCAUCAUCACCUUCAUCCUCAAAUAUAGAAAACCUAAUGAAUGAUUUGGUUCCUGAGUCCACAUCUUAAUACACACUUUCAACUGCCCCCCUCUCUUCUCUCUCUCUCUCUCUCUCUCUCUCUCUCUCUCUCUCUCUGUUUUCCUGGUUAAGUAAUUAUUGAUACCGCCAUGUUUCUCCAGUGGUCUGUAGUUAAUGUCUGCCUAUGAAGCGGCCUGCUCAGAAACAUAAAAAAUAUCUUGAUGGUUUACGUUGCUUCGUGGUGAUGGUAAAUGUGUUAAAGCAUAAGGAAAUCACUCAUUCUUAAUGCGUGUACAAGAAAGAACAUUUGGAUAUAUAUAUAUAUAUAUAUAUAUAUACAGCAGCACAGGAAUGUACACCUGGACUCUGAUUUAACCAGUCUUGAUCCUUGGUUAAACGGGUCUAGGAUCAGCGUAAACGUCUGUCACUGCUUCAGCUUAACCUAGCACAUCUGACUCCGGAUCAGUGACACGGUCAAGCUUUUUUGUCUCAGAUUCUGGUUAAUAUUGAUAGUGUUUAUUUAGCUUCUAUUCAGUGUUGCUGUCUGUGGUUGAGAGUGGCUCCAGUUCUGGGAGAUGGCACAUUGAAACACUGAGUUUGUUAUCUUUAGGAGAUGUUGUUUAAGGAAUAGUUCACCCAUUUAGCUUUUACUAUAGAGUAAAUAAUAAGACGGAAUAUGUUUUUGGAUAAAUUAUUCCUUCAAACUGGUCGCUUUUAAUCCACUGUUAUUUGCAGUGAGGCAAACUGUAAUUACUCUGUACAACAUUGUGAUUACAUUUAUUUAAUUUAAUUUUUGCAGUUUGGUGAAGUGAUGUAUUUAUAUAGACUUGUAAUGAUUAAGUUCAUGCCCGUUCAGUUCUUCUAUUAUAUUACAUUACUAUAAUUUGACUUUUCUGGUUCUAAGACACAGUAUAUAUGAAGAUGCGUUCAGAUCUCUCGUUAUACCGCUCACUUGUUUCUCCGUUCCUCCUAUUCAUUUUUAACUGUAAUAUCCGCAUGGAUCAAAAGGUUGGAGCACACUUACAUCAACACUACAAGGAGAUCAGAUGUCCGUUUAAAGUCACUUUCAGACCCACUGCAACCUUUCAGCCAGCACAACUGUCUCGCAGUAGUAUAACACACUAGUUAUGACAUUUAUCAAGUGUGUUUUCCUGCUUUUUAAGCUGCACAAAUUGUCAGUCCGAGGGAUUUGGAACUUUUAUCAGUCAGUUUUCCUAAAGCUUCUUUCUCUCAACAUGUUACUGCCUUUGUAAACUGGGCUUCUUUUUGUAUGUUUCAAUGCAAAGACUGUAUUAAAUAACUACUUCUUAAAUAACACUAUCCACCAUCUACUGCA